GUCAUCUACAUUCGACGCGUAAACAGAUUCGUGGAUUUUACCAUCUCGCGCGGACAAUGAUCCUGAAACUGGGCUGGCUGCUGCUCCUGUUCAUCUCUGCAGCGGUGCGGUCUGUGCCCAUCGAUCGUAAUGUAGGCAAUCAGGAGCAGAAGGAGGAAACACAGGAGGAGAACAUGGACACGGGUCUGUACUACGACCGCUACCUCAGAGAAGUGAUCGAGGUUUUGGAGACUGACCCUCACUUCAGAGAGAAACUGCAGACAGCAAACACAGAGGACAUCAAGAACGGGCGUCUCAGUAAAGAGCUGGACCUGGUCAGUCACCAUGUAAGGACCCGACUGGAUGAGCUGAAGCGGCAAGAAGUUUCUAGGCUCAGGAUGCUGCUGAAAGCCAAACUGGACAGCACAAACACGCAGAGCCUUCAGAUGGACCACGCCUCUCUGCUGAAGCAGUUUGAACAUCUGGAUCCACACAACCAAAACACCUUUGAGGCUAAAGACCUCGAGCUGCUGAUUUCAACGGCCACCAAGGAUCUGGAAAAUUAUGACGCUGAGCGACAUGAGGAGUUCAAGCGCUACGAGAUGCUGAAGGAGCACGAGAGGCGGGAGUACCUCAAGGGUCUGGACCAGGAGAAGAGGGAGAGGGAGGAGAAAAGGCUGCUGGAGAUGAAAGAGAAACACCGCCAGCACCCAAAAGUCAACGCCCCGGGAAGUGUUGCUCAGCUGAGGGAAGUUUGGGAGGAGACGGAUGGAUUAGAUCCUCAGGAGUUCAACCCUAAAACUUUCUUCAAGCUGCACGAUACAAAUGAAGAUGGAGUUUUAGACGAGCAGGAGUUAGAAGCACUCUUCACUAAGGAGCUGGAGAAGGUCUACGACCCAAAGAACGAGGAGGACGACAUGAUGGAGAUGGAGGAAGAACGUCUGAGGAUGAGGGAGCACGUCAUGAACAACGUGGACACAAAUAAAGACCGGCUCGUCAGCCUGGAGGAGUUCCUCAAAUCCACAGAGAGGAAGGAGUUCAGUAAUCCCAAAGACUGGGAGACGCUGGACGACAAACCAGCGUACACCGAGGAAGAGCUCCAGCGAUUUGAGGCCGAGCUCAGGGACAAAGAGGAAGAGCUGAAGAGGAAGGCGGAGACUCUUCGUCAGGAGCAGGAGCUGCUGAGGGAGAGAGGCAAAGCCUUGGAGGCCCAGAAAAGAGAGUACCAGCAGGCAGUGUUAGAAAUGUCUCAGAGGCAGAAAGAGCAGCUGGAAGUGGACCGGCAGCCUCCUGCAGGUCCGAAUGGAGAGCUCCAGUUUCAGCCACAGACAAAUAAACCUGAAGAGGUCAAAGGUCCAGGAGAAGCCCAGAACAAUCUGCCAGCAGAACCUCCACAAAACCUGCCCAUCCACGUUUAACGCGCCGUCUUUUAACAGCGUCCGCACCAACAGAAAGGCUCGUACGUUUUAAUGAAUCGUUUGAAAUGCGUGACGCACGUUUCAGUUCACACCAACCUGCUUCUUGGUUUCAGCGUCCUGUGCUGUGUGUUCAUCUCAGUGGUCUAUAUUAGAUUAAAGGUUAAAAAACACACGAGCUGUUAGUGCAUGCGUGCUCAUGUAUCUUCAGUUUCAGUGAAGCUUUUCAGUCAUGCAACGUCCUCCUCGCUGUGAAAUCACAAAUAAAAUCUUCAUUGAAACCACCA